AUGUUACCCCAACUUUCAAUCCUAGUCUAUAAAGGAACACCCAUAGACUUCCCAAGAUACAGACACACAGCCCUACACGCCCUCUACACCAAAAACGACUACGAAUGGCUUCACGUAGUAGCCGCACACCCAUUCUUCAAGUUCCAAAAAGAUCGCCAUAACCCUAUAUCCGAAGAGCCCAUCGCAUGGAUCCCGGUAUGUACGGUUCCAGAAGCAGUGACUAGGGCUAUGAUUCAUGCGGCGUGUUCGCGUACGACGGUGCGCAACGAGCCCACGGAUCGGGAUUGGAAUGGUCAGAAUUGGGUUGGGGAGGCCCUUGCUGAGCUUGUUGAUGUUGGUGCUCUUAGUUUUGAGCAGAGAAGCCUGGCUAUUGGGGUUAUGACGGAUGUUAUUCUCGAAGCUGAAGAUGAGGAGGUUGAUGAUGGAAUGUACUAG